UGCAGCAGUAAAAAGCGAAACCCACGAGUUCCCCCAAUUCAUGAACCCUAACUCUCUCAACAAAAGAUGUGAGAAGAAAACUCAACUGAAAACUCAACAAAAGAUGUUAGUAUAUAGUGAUGAGAUCUAACUAUCGGUUCAACGCUAAUAGACUUUAGUUACUGGCUAGAAUCACUGAACUUCAAGAGAAAUCGAAAGUCUAUGAUGCUGCCGACAGUGAAUGUACCGAGCCUGAGAUUGAAAGUUGUCAUACAUGAAGACUGAAUUAAUGGAGAUUGAGGAAUUGGGGGAAAAAUUGACCUACUCCCAUAGAUAAUUUUGGCACAUAUUACAAAAAGAUUUGGUUUGGUAUUCAAAAGGUAGAGCCAAAAUGAAUAGCGUUGUAGUGUUGGACAAUGGCGCGGGCCUAAUCAAGGCUGGAAUAGGUGGCGAAAGAGACCCAACAGCUAUUGUCCCAAACAGCACUGGGCGUCCACUCUCUUCCAAGAAAUGGCUUAUGGCGGAUCAGCUCCUUUCCUCUGACGUGGACCUUACUUCCGCCACUGUCCGCCGCCCUUUCGACCGCGGUUACCUUAUCAACCCGGACCUCCAGUCCUCCCUUUGGUCCCAUAUCUUCUCCAACCUCCUCAACAUCACUCCUUCCCAAUCCUCUCUCCUCCUCACUGAACCCCUUUUCAAUCUCCCUUCAAUACAACGCUCCCUUGAUGAAAUCGUCUUUGAAGAUUUCAAUUUUAAGGCUCUCUAUGUUUCGGAUUCCCCCUCUUUGGUCCAUCUCUAUGAGGCAUCUCGUCGCCCUUAUGGGAUUGUGUCUAAAGCCCAAUGCAGCUUAGUUGUGGACUGUGGAUUUUCGUUUACUCAUGCCUCACCCGUGUUUCAGAAUUUCACAUUGAAUUAUGGAGUGAAAAGGCUUGAUCUUGGUGGGAAAGCUUUGAGCAAUUUCAUGAAGGAGUUAGUGAGUUACAGGAGCGUUAAUUUGAUGGACGAGAAUUUCCUUAUGGAUGAUGUAAAAGAGAAACUCUGCUUUGUGUCUUUGGAUGUUGCCAGGGACUUGCAGAUUGCUAGGAAACCGGGAAAUGACAAUUUGUUUAGGUGCACGUAUGUGCUUCCUGAUGGUAUUACACAUACUAAGGGUUUUCUAAAAGAUCCUGAAGAAGCAAAGAGAUACCUGUCUUUGUAUAAUGAUGAAGCAGCUACGAAGCAGCAAGUAACAGCAGGAGAACAAACGGAUAAGCUGCGGAGCAACGAUGCAUCAAGAAGAAUUGAUUUGACAAAAAAUGAAUUUGGGUUGACAAAUGAGCGGUUCCUCGUCCCAGAGAUGAUGUUUCGUCCAGCUGACUUGGGACUGAAUCAGGCUGGACUUGCAGAGUGCAUUGUUAGAGCUAUCAGUUCCUGCCAUUCUCAUCUUCAACCUCUUCUCUAUGAGAGCAUCAUUUUGACGGGAGGCACUACUCUAUUCCCUCAUUUUGCUCAAAGACUAGAUAUGGACCUUCGGCCACUUGUCCCAGAUAAAUACCGUUUAAAGAUUACGACUCAAGAAGAUCCUAUACUAGGCGUUUGGCGUGGAGGAUCACUCUUGGCAUCAAGUCCUGAUUUUGAUGCAAUGUGCGUCACCAAAGCUGAAUAUGAGGAGCUGGGAUCAGCUAGAUGUCGAAAGAGAUUCUUCCACUAACUUUUGUUAUGUUACUUUUGAAGUUUACAAGUCUAUGUUCAUCUUUGGUGUUAAAUGGAGGGAGAAAUUAGGAGGAUCGCCGGCCUCUACUGUUGCAAUUGAGCUAAAUAUGGAUGUGUUCUGAAAUGUUUCUUUUUCUUGUCAGUUUCUUUUAUGUAUUUCAGGCCAAAAUUUGUUGAAGCCUAAUCUAACUGAAAGGAAAUGUUAAUGGCAUCUUCAAUACCAGAAAAACAAAAAAUGGUCCAAGAGCAACAAUCAUGAGUUCGUCUCUCCCCUUAUUAUUCAGUUUUUAUACCCAACCAUAUAUGCGUUUAUCUGUAUGCAAUACCGAAAUAUAGACCCGCUAUCUAUUGGUUAGCCUUU